AUGGACGACACCUCUUCUACCCAGACUUCUUCUACCCACAGCUCUUCUACCCAGACCGUUUCUACAACUGGUCCUGAUUUCGAGGAUUUUUCUUCUUUACCUUUUCCUAUUUAUACCCAACGACUUGUUAUUCGAAGAAUCGAAACUACCGACAAGGAAGCUGCUGGUCACAUGAUAGCUGAAGAAAAUAAUGCUAUGAUUCAGUGGGCGGGUACAACUGAACCCCCUGAUGAUUUGGAUAGGGUUCUCGAUCAUUUCACUUCCGAUCUCACGGACAUUUUUUUGGGCAUUUUUCUAAAGGAUGGGGAAGAAGAAUUGAUUGGAAUGGGAGGAAUAUUCACUAGUGUUGGCCAAUGGUCGGAGGUGCACUAUGUGCUCAAGGAAAAGCAUUGGGGUCACGGAUAUUGUUCUGAGUUUGUAAAGGCUCUUUUGGAAAUGUGGUGGAAUCUGCCUCGUGAUGAAAGAGAGGUCGAUUGUCCCACUAUGCUGUACACAGGGGAUUCGGAGCAAAAAGAAUUAUUGAUUGCGACACCUCUACCAGGAAACAGUCGGAGCAAGAAGGUUUUGGAAAAGGCAGGAUUUCACUUUCGUGGUUUGCUUGAUGGAAGGGAGGUAUGGUCGGCAACUUCUAACAAUGAGCACUAA